AACAACGUCAUCUCUUUUAGUUAUGUCUCUCCACUUAUCUUUUAAUAAUCUUCUGUUUAAAUAAUUUUUCUUUCUUUCUCUUGUUAUUCGCUUAUUGUAUUUCUUUGCAAAUCCAUCAAGAUCUUUCUUGAAAUCGUCGUAAAAUGUAAAUCGUUGACACUUCUUAUCAGAAUAACGCAACGAAAAGUAAUAAACAAAUAGAGGAUAUCAUAAUAAUUUUUAUGUAAUCAUUCAUGACGAUGAAACUUUCAUUUUCGUGCGUUGAUUUAGAACGAACACAUUGAUAAAAAAAACAUGGGAAAAUCCUGAUAAACGAUAUUUAUCAUGUCAGUAAACAUUUUUUCAAUUCAAAAAUAUUGAAUUAAUCAAACUCACUAAUCGUAGUGGAAAUUUUAUCAUUAUCACAAUUUAUUUUUUUAAUUAAAUAUCAAUAUCAUCUACAACUAUUUAACGACUAACUUCAAUAUAAAGAGAAUAUGACUGAAUAAAUAUGAUAAUUUAGAUUCAACAAUAAUAUUGUUGUUUUUCCUCUAAUAUUAUCAAUUGCGUCUAUAUUUAUUUAAUAGACCGAGUGAUAUGAUAUCUUUGUAGAUACAACCGAUAUCAUUUGGAAAUAUUACUACGAGCAUUAAUUACGAUAGAAAUAUUGCACGGUCGUUUGCUCCCAAUGGAUUAAUUUUUUUUUAACAUUGACCACGUUCUUAUUAUUACUGCGCAACUUUGACGUAAAACAACGAGCGGACUUAUAGCUAAACGUCUAAAUCAUCGGCGAUAUCGUGACAGUCUUAAUUUAAAGUCUACCAGCAAGGAAUCUUCUUAUUCUUCUUUCCUCUUCUUCUAUCUUUCUGUGUCACUCAUACAUAUAUACAAAUACAUAAAUACAUAUACACAUGCACACGAAUGCACCAAUGCAUUGAGUUGUAUCCAUCUCGCUAUGCACUUUUCAGUCUCACUGCAAUUCUACGUGCACUCGCGUCUUAUCUCUCGAGUUUUUUACUAUUUGUAUUCAUAGAUUUUCUCUUUCUAUCUCUCUUUCUCUCUCUCUCUCUCUUUUUCUUUCUUUUAUUACAUUUUUGAUCGAUAAGAAAUGAAAGCUAAAAGGAAGUUAUGCAUAAUAAAAUUUCAUAAUCUAUGAAAGAAUGAAUUGUUUCUAACAACAAUAGUUUUGUUUAUUUAAUUAACCGAUGUUUCAUAUCGUUAUAGAAACAACAUUCGAAGAUCUUUCGAGAAAAGCGGAAGAGCGACGGACGGGCUUUGCUUACGUUUGAAGUGAGGAACGAAGAGAAGAAGGAGGAGGAAGAGAAAGAGGAGAAAAAGGUGGUAGUGGAGGUGGUGGUGGUGGUGGUGGGUGUCGACAGCCACCGAGACAACGUCAUCGAAGAUGAUGCAGGAGAGAAUCAGAAGAGUGUCGGUCUUCUCCGGUAAUGGUUGAUUUAUAGACGCCUCUUACGUAUAAAAAGAGAUGCACGCGUUUUUUGAUCAUUGUGCGAACAGGACAGCUCGGCUCUUGACUCGGCACCAAUCGGAAAUCGACUUCGUUUUAACUCGAGAUCCUUAGCGCGUGUACGCGCGCACCUCUCGAUCCUUCAAGCUCUAUUUUUUCUUACACAUACACACACACAGGCUCACACACACACACAUAUAUAUAUAUACAUUCAUUAUAUAUAUACCUACCUUUGCAUAUAUCCGACACGUGGAAGCGGUGCAACGACGACAACGACGACGAAAAAGAGGAAAAGGAAGAGGAAGAAAAAGAAGAAGAAGGAGAGGAGGAAGAAGAGCAAAAGGAAGAAAAAGAAAGACGAGAACGACUUCGACAACAUUUUAAUUCAUCAAGCUUAAAGCUCAGUCAGCCGCGAAUUACAAAUCGCGAGAUAUCGCGAGUGAGAAAAAGCAAAAGUGACCGAAGUGACCUUCCUUUCUCCUAAUUAAAGCAGUCGGUGAGUUUACGUUGAGAUUAGAAUUAAUUGUGUUUCUUUUUUAUUUGUUCGUUUUUUGCCCUUUUUUUUCUUUUUGGUGAGUGUGAAGUGCAUUCUCAAAUACGGCAUCAUAAUUCGUUAGUGAAGACGAUCUAGGAAGGGAUUAAUUUUUUCUUUGAUGAAUUUCGAAUUCUCUACGAGAUGUUCGGUUCGUUGUUACGUGUUGAGAUUAUCAGGGUGGGUAUUGUCGAUAGAAAUAAGUAAAAGAGAAGAUAGUGGAUUAUGGGAGAAUGAGAAUCGAUCGACGUUUGUUCGUAGAUCGUCGUCUCGAAGCAAGAAGUAGAAGAAGAAGAAGAAGAAGAUACGUUCCUUCUUCCGUAGAAGAAGAGUGUCUCGAAAGUAGACGAGGCCGAGCACUGAUCGGACGUGAUAGCUAACAGCGUUCGAAGCUUCCCACGGGUUUUUAAAUUCUUGGUAAAAGAGUAUAAAAGUUUGAUUUUUCUUCGAAUUCGAAAUGAGAGAUAAAAGGCAAGAGAGAUUUCGAAGGAACUUGAAGUUUUUUGUAAAUUCGAGAGGUUCGCUCGACUUUUUUAUAGCGAGUGCUUUCAAAAGAAGCUGAAAAAAGUGUGUUUCCUUCUCGACAGAGAAGAUAUUGUAGAAAAAAAAAAACAAAAGGAAAGAAAAAAGAAGAAGAAAAAGAAGAAGAAGAAGGGAGAGAGAAGGAAAAAAGGAAAAAGAAAAAAGAAAAUUGUUCGAAUCGUGUGGCCAUCUUCGGUAUGAGGAUGAGCUACGGCGGUCAUGCCGUGUAAUUCAAAGGGACACCACGUGAACCACGUCUCAUCGUGCCGAGCUAUCCUCGCCGUUGUCCACGUCGUCGUCGUCGUCGUCACCGUCACACUGACGCUGUUGAAGCGCGACGGAGUGCCAGCAGCGUUGGAAAGAUGAGCUCGAUCGACUUCGACGAGGUGCUUUUACACGUGGGAGAGAAGGGCCGAUAUCAGAACAUCAUGUAUUAUCUCCUAUGUAUACCUGCAACCCUUCCGGCUGCUUUCCUGGCCUUCUCGCAGGUAUUCGUGAGUGCCUCACCAGAACACUGGUGCAAAAUACCAGAAUUGGAGAACUUGACGGGCCUGAUGACCUUGGAAGAAAAGAAGGCUCUAUCUUUACCAUACUCCAUGAAGUCGGACGGUAGGAGAGUUUAUUCGAAAUGUCAAAUGUACGACGUCAAUUAUACAGAGAUCAUCGAAUCGUGGUUGCAACGUGGGAUAUCGCAAAAUUCUAGCAACACGAUGGAUUCGCAUUCGACCACGUCGCCUUCCUCGACAUCUUCCUUUCAUCCCACAAACCGAUUACCACCACCUCCUGUCAGUGAUCCUCAUUGGCCAGUCAACAAAUGCCAACACGGUUGGAUUUAUGAUAACAAGGAUUAUGACAGCACCCUCGUCACAGAGCUAGACCUGGUAUGUGACAACAGUUGGUGGCCUUCAACGUCAACGACAUUUUUCUAUGUUGGGAGCCUCUUUGGUAACGUUGUCUUUGGAUGGAUCGCAGACAAAUGGGGUAGAAGAACGGCCAUCUUCGCCAUUCUCUUCUUAGAAGUUAUCUUCUCGAUUGCCACAAGCUUCAGUCCUAACUAUGUUAUCUACACGGCGUUGAGGACGGUGAACGGCCUCUUUUUUCCUGCUAUUUAUCAGAUACCUUUUAUACUUGCUUUAGAAUUAAUGGGUCCAAGAUAUAGGACUUUUGCUGGUAUGGUGAUCUGUAUGUUCUUCGCUAGUGCAAUGUGUCUUCUUGCACUACUGGGUUAUUUGUUAAGGCAUUGGUACACAUUGUCAUUAGCCACGUCGGUACCCUUCGUACUUCUCUUCAGUUACUACUGGAUCAUUCCUGAAUCUCCAAGAUGGCUUCUAAGCAAAAACAGGAUAGACGAAGCAGAGGUGAUCGUUCAGCACAUGGCCAAAGUCAAUGGCAGAACGGUACCAUCCAACUUUCUGAGGCAAAUGGAGGUUGAGAUAAUGAAGAGACAAGGUAUUUCUUGCAACGGCAAGAACACUGGAAACGUUGUGCUAGAUAUUGAAGGGGAAGACAGGUCGCCACCACCUUCCGCAACACCGAUGGACCUCAUCAGGAAUCCAAAUAUUAGAAAGAAAUUCUUUAUUCUUGCUUUCGAUUGGGUUGCGAAUGCUGUCGUCUAUAAUGGAUUAUCCUACAAUACGACGAACCUUGGGGUCUCCGAUUACCUGGCCUUCUUCAUCGGUGGUAUUGUGGAAAUCCCAUCAUACGUGAUCACGUGGUACGCCAUGGACAGAUUGGGUAGACGAUGGGUCCUGUGUUUAACAAUGCUUCUAGGUGGAGUUGCCUGCGUUUCUUGCAUGUUCGUGCCCGAAGUAGACGCUGUUUGGGUGACGGUAUGCUUGGCGAUGAUUGGAAAAUUUGGCAUCGCAGCGUCCUUCGCCGUUUUUUACGUGUUCGUUGGUGAACUUUUACCAACGGUGCUGAGGUCACAAGCGAUGGGAAUCGCCUCUUUCAUCGCUGGUAUCGGCCUACUCACCUUUCCUUACAUCGUUCAUCUAGCUAACUACUCCAGGGUAUUACCAUUGAUUAUAAUGGGUUCCUUGAGUGUAGCCGGUGCUCUCACGUCCGUUUUCCUUCCGGAAACACUCAACAUACACUUGCCACAAACGAUCGAGGAAGGUGAACUCUUUGGCGCCGAUUUCAAACUCUGGUCCUGUCCAAUAAUACCAAAGAAAGACGCAAAAAGAAAAUCAGAAUCCGUGCCGCUUAGAUAUCUGGUAAACGGAAAACCAGAAAGAAUUUCGGCGGCAACAAAAAUCGUGGAAGCAGAAAAGGAAAGUCAAGAAGCGGAAUUAACGAAACCGAUAAAGGACGACAUAGAAAAGGAAAAGGACGAUGUAGAAAGAAUAUCUGAGUCGUCGAACGAAGAGAUAGAUCGUCUGAGAAAAAUACAAUGAGGACGUUUUACUUUUUUCUUCUUUUUUUUUCGUUAUUCCUGAAAGGACAAAAAGCUUCCUACAACUUCGUAUUAUAAUUUGCCUCGGUAUAGGCACACGCAUUGUAUUUAUUUUUUCAUUUAUGUUAUAUAAUGCGUUUCAUUUGUAAAGUCUGUUCCGUGUGCCUGUCGUAAUUUUCGUUUCUGCAUUACAAAGGGAUCGAUUGAUUUGUCAAUCAUCUUCGAUACAAAGAUGUCUUUUGUUUUCAGAAAGAGUGAACUGAGGUCGUACGUUCAAUAAAAUAAAAGAAAAAAUGAAAAAGAACUAGAGGGACUUCGCGAUAUUAUAAUAAUAUAAUAUUAAAACCGCAGUUAUUAUUAUUUAUCGUAAAUAUCCUUGGAAAUUAUCGAAGGAUGACUCGGUUUAUUCGCGGAAUUGCUCGACGAUUGAAUUCUUUUUUUAUAUAUAAUUUAAUAAUUAGCAAAAAACUUUUCUACGUAAACGUAAAGAAAAAAAAAAAAACGUUCUAACAACAUCGACUC